CCGAGGCUGGCGACUAGCGAAGCUCCCACCUUCCCGUAGAGCUCGCCGCAGCCGCCGUGCCCCGCGCCCUCCGGAGACCGGGACGGGACCAUGAUGUGGACACGCUGGCUCGCGCUCGCGCUGGUGGCCGUCGCCUGGGUCCACGCCGAGGAAGAACUAAGGAGCAAAUCCAUGAUCUGUGCCAAUGUGUUUUGUGGAGCCGGCCGGGAAUGUGCAGUCACAGAGAAGGGAGAGCCCACCUGCCUCUGCAUCGAGCAAUGCAAACCUCACAAGAGGCCGGUGUGUGCUAGCAACGGCAAGACCUACCUCAACCACUGUGAGCUGCAUCGAGACGCCUGCCUCACUGGCUCCAAAAUCCAGGUCGAUUAUGACGGACACUGCAAAGAGAAGAAAUCUGUCCGUCCAUCUGCCAGCCCAGUCGUUUGCUAUCAGUCCAACCGCGAUGAGCUCCGGCGUCGCAUCAUCCAGUGGCUGGAAGCGGAGAUCAUUCCAGAUGGCUGGUUCUCUAAAGGCAGCAACUACAGUGAAAUCCUAGACAAGUACUUUAAGAACUUUGAUAAUGGUGACUCUCGCUUGGACUCCAGCGAAUUCCUGAAAUUUGUGGAGCAGAAUGAAACCGCCAUCAACAUCACCACCUAUGCAGACCAGGAGAACAACAAGCUGCUUAGAGGACUCUGUGUUGAUGCUCUCAUUGAACUGUCUGAUGAAAAUGCUGACUGGAAACUCAGCUUCCAAGAGUUCCUCAAGUGCCUCAACCCAUCCUUCAACCCUCCAGAGAAGAAGUGUGCCCUGGAGGAUGAAACGUAUGCGGAUGGCGCUGAGACCGAGGUGGACUGUAACCGCUGCGUUUGCGCCUGCGGAAACUGGGUCUGCACAGCCAUGACCUGCGACGGAAAGAAUCAGAAGGGGGCACAGACCCAGACAGGGGAGGAGAUGACCAGAUAUGUCCAGGAGCUCCAAAAGCACCAGGAAACAGCUGAAAAGAUCAAGAGAGUGAGCACCAAAGAGAUCUGAUGAGGAGGCAUCUGGGAACGGUGUCUGGAGCCUGGCACCUCCUCUUCCCCUUCAGCGCUGAGUCCAGUAUACGCACGUGUCUGCUACAACCGCCAAAUCACCAGUAUUUGCUUGUAUAGCAAUGAGUUUUAUUUUGUCUAUUUGUUUUGCAAUAAAGGAAAUGAGGGUGGCUGGCUAGGAGGGGAAGGGCCAUAGCCUUCAUUUCUAGGAGUGCUUUGAGAGAAACUGUGCAAAUGGUGCUCGGGGGCUGGAGGCAAAUAAGGAAACUGCAUCAGGGUUGGCAGAGGAGCAGACCCAGAUCUGAACCACUUCUGAGUCUCCUACAGCUAUAACCAUGCUGCAGGGAGAGCCAGCAAUGCCAGAGGGAACCUAGCAGGCUGUUCUAGAGAGGAGGGGUUUGGGAAGCUCGUUGGAGAAGAACACUUGCUGCUUCCGGCUCUUCCUUUUGCCAUCAGCAUAACAGGCCUGUGCUUCUCCUCAUGGCCCCAACCACUGCCUCUAGUUGCACAGCCAUCCUGCUAGUUACCCAGUGUCCCUCAGACCUGAUGGAGUUUCUGGGAGGGUCUACCCAAAUGAUGCAGAUACUUGUAUACUUUGAGCCCCUUAGAGACCUAACCAAAUUUUUAAAAUACUUUUUACCAAAGGUGCUAUUUUUCUGUAAAACUUUUUUUGGCAAGUUGACUUCAUUCUUCAAGUAUUAUCAUUAUAUUAUUGUUGUUGUUUUUUAAUAUUUUAUUUUCUUGACUAGAAAUUAAGCUUUUGUAAUUAUUUUUCAGUAGUCCUACCAUUUCAGAGGUGGGAGAGUUUGGGGUUCUUCCUGGUGCAGGGACCGCUCUAACCCAGACACCCCCGCCUCAUCACAUACUAGAUGCAGCCCAGAGUUUGGCCCCCUGACUUCCAGUGGGUCAGCAGUCUGCCAGAGGAGCAGCGGGUGCCUCAGACAGAAGCCAGGGGAAGAACAAGCAUCUCCAUACAAAGCUUUCAAGAUCCAAAAAGCUAAUUUGUUUUCAUUUAUUCUGAUAAAUUCAUGCAAAUCAAUAUUCCAAAGGAUGGAGACAAGUGCAGCUAAGCAAGGCUUAGAUAUCCCAGCCUAUUGAGAUGCUCAUUGAUCCCCCAGUGAGAGUGGUGGAUCAGUGGAGAGUGGUGGCGAGUGACUUUGGCCCUGUCUCUUCCUAUUUCUGGGCCUCAGUUUCCUCAGUGAGCAGGUAGGAAUGCAUUAACCUUUCUAUUUGAUAAAUUAGAAAUUCUGUGAUUCUGAUCAUUGGUCCAGAAGAAGACAGGCUCCUAUGAUUUUCCUUCUCCUUAGGAUAAAUGGAACCUUGUUGUUAUAACAAGAAGAGUCAGACAGUCAAAAACAAGACAACCAAAUCUGACCUCAGUCUGAAUGGCCCCACAGGCUGUGGUGUGAUGGAGAGCCCUCUCAGGUGAAGCCUGCCCAGGAAGAAAGUGGGAAAGAGAACCACUCCACUUUGUCUUCCCAUUUGCAUUUCAUUUCUAACCUUGGAAACAGAAAUGGCUUUCCCUUUAGAAAUGAAGACAAAAGAAGAUUUCACAUUUCAAGGGGGGGAAAAAUGGAAAUUGAAUCUUAAAACCGUGAUUGGGGAGAAGUCAGUCGUUCCUGUGUCUCUUGGCCUCUGUGAUUAUUAACCCCACUCAAUACCAUGUCUGAGAUGCAUUUGGAGUAGCAAAGAUUAAAAACUUCACAUAAGAUCUCAUUUUCAAAAAGCAGAUUACAGACCACCAGAGGGAAAUUAUAUGUAGGGUGUGCCGCACAGGCAGCUCUGAGGAAGUUGUGCUGAAAAUGGAAUUCCUUCUAAACAAGUUUCCUUGUUCUCCUUGGAAGGGAGAACUCCACUUUGUUUAGAAUUCUAAGCUUUUAUAUAUCAUCCCACUUCAGAGCUCUCUUCGAACCCCAUUUGUGCAGUCUGAAAUGCACCUCACUGUCCAAGGGUCUUGAAGAACCCCCAACAGCAUGCUUUGAUCAAUUUGCCAGCCCCUGGACACUAUGGGAGAGAGGGCAGAAGAGAAGAGGGCAGAAGAGAAGAGGGCAGAAGCCAGAGUGUCUCCUCACCAGUUACAUUUAGGACAGUGGUUGCCAUCGAAGACUACCUUACCCUGCAACAUUGAAUUCCCAAGAGCAAUUUUGCAUUCCUCCUGUAAAUAGGGAAGCUACUGCCUGCACCACGGAAUCACAUGAUCUGAUGACCAUUCACAGAAAGCUGCUAACUAGCCUAGUUCCGGGAGUCUUGCAUAGAGCUUUGCAUGGAGCAAAUAAACAAGAUUAAAUCAGGUUCAGUUCCUCCAGCUCUAAAAGCACCGGGCUUAGACUGCAAGCUUCCUUGGGUUUUCUCUGUGUGUAUAUGGUUUUAUAAACAUUACAGCAUCUGUUAAGAUUCAGUGUCCAUGGAAACCUUCUCACAUGCCAUGACUCUGGACUCCAUCACUGUUUUUGGGAAGCAGGGCUCCUCCACCUGCUAAUAAGCCCACGUGGACCAGUCUGAAUGUCUUUCCUUUACACUUAUGUUUUUAAAUAGUCAAUUUCAAGAAGUAAUUUGAGCAGAUUUCUGUUGCCUAUGUGUUUGUGAAACGUAUUUGUAUUUAGUAGGCUUCCAUAUUGCAUUUAACUUGUUUUUGUAACUCCUGAUUCUUUUUUUUUUAUUGGAUACUAUUGAUAAAUAAAGAAAUUAAAAUGA